AUGUCAGACGUAGAAUCAUUGACUUGUGGUGAUUUAUUUGAAGAACCAGAGAAUUUCCGCCCGCCUCCACCUGAACCACAUUUUGCCAACUAUGAGCGUUCCUACAUAUCGCUAAAAUCAAAAUCUAAGCAGAAAUCAAUCGAAUUAAGAUUGGUCGGUUCCUCUCCAUUAUGGGGUCAUUUGCUUUGGAAUGCAGGGAUCUAUACUGCUAAACAUCUGGAUCUUCAUCCAGAGUUGGUCCUUGAUAAAAAUGUUCUUGAAUUAGGUGCAGCUGGUGCUUUGCCCUCCGUGAUUGCUGGGCUCAUCGGUGCAAGACGUGUGGUGGCUACUGAUUAUCCAGAUGUUGAUUUAAUCGAUAACAUAAAACAUAACGUUCGUGCGUUAGAGAAUGUCUCCGUGGAAGGUUACAUAUGGGGGAAUCAAUAUGCUGAUAUAAUAAAGCAUUUGACUGGCAAUAAUGAUGAAAAAAAAUUCCAAUUGAUUAUUUUAAGUGAUCUAGUAUUCAAUCAUACCGAACAUGAUAAACUAUUGAAGACUACAAAGGAUUUAUUGUCUAAGGAUGGUAAAGCUCUGGUCGUAUUCUCCCCACAUAGACCACACCUAUUGGAUGCAGAUUUGGAUUUCUUCAAGAAAGCUCAAGAAGAUUAUGAUUUCAAGGUGGAGAAGAUUGAAAUGGUUAAUUGGAAACCAAUGUUUGAAGGUGAUGCUGGUCCUGCUGAGGUUAGAUCUCGUAUUUAUGCAUAUUAUUUAAGCUUACAGUAA